UUUUAACCAUUUUUUCUGCCUUGGUGUGGUGGCUUUGCAUUUUCCCUUUUUCAGUCUCCACACAAUUUCCUCUCUCUACAAAUCCGUAUAAUUUCUUGACUUUUCACACUGUAGCUGCUGCUGCUGCUGCUGCAUAGCUAUGGCUUUCAGAAUGGGUGUCGGAGGGGGAAAUGCAUCUUCUGGCAUGGGUGUUGCUGAGCAUAGCGUAACCACAUUCCAGGAAUUGCAGAGGAAGAAAGUACAUCGCUAUGUGAUUUUCAAAAUUGACGAGAAAAAGAAGGAGGUUGUGGUUGAAAAAACCGGAGGCCCUGCUGAAAGCUAUGAUGAUUUUACUGCAUCCUUGCCUGAAAAUGAUUGCCGAUACGCUGUCUUUGACUUUGAUUUCGUGACUGCUGAAAACUGCCAAAAGAGCAAAAUCUUUUUUAUUGCAUGGUCUCCUUCCGUAGCUCGCAUCCGCCCUAAGAUGCUUUAUGCAACAUCAAAGGACAGAUUCAGAAGGGAGCUGCAGGGAAUCCAUUACGAGAUUCAAGCAACCGACCCAACCGAGAUGGAACUCGAAGUCCUCAUAGACCGCGCAAACUGAAAGGACCGUCCAUGUCUAAGUAAUGUAGUUAGUAUAUCUUAGACCUCAAGAAAUAUUGUUGACUAUGCCCUUUAAGUAUUAGUAUGGUCUUAUCUUCUCUGAUACAUUUAAUAUAAAAUAGCUUAGUUUAAGUAAAUAACAUAUACACCUCUGAAAGCUGAUAUGGGUUCUUGUCUAAGAAAAACCCUCUGCAGAGGAAUUUGAGCUGUUCCUUAUUGCCAUGAUGCUUCUCAGGUGGAAUUAAUAUGCUUAUUUAUGGAUAUUGAAAUUUAAUCUUUGUCAAUGGAGGCAUUUGGUGUGUCUAAUAUAUUUAUUCGCCUGUUUGUUGGUGUAUGAAAUUUGUUUCA